CGCAGCUAUCUGAGAUGACCCUCAUCACUGAUCUGCAUUCGUUAAAGAGACUCUGGAAACCCUCGAAGAAGCCAACGGGGAUUGGGAGGGAGCGGCCCCCAAAGGCAGAGUCACCUUUGGUAUAUCUCCUUCAGGAAACCUCUCAGGCGAUCGUCAGCGCCUUUGUUUACGUAUGUUUCACUAUCCUCCGAAGUUCGCUUAACGAGAUGAUUUCUAUACGAGCAUUCUGAGACGGCGGAGG